AUGAAACUGUACGUAGGGCUUUUGAUAAUUUUGACAAUAAUAUUUAAUGUAAAUUGCAACGAGUGUCCGACUGAACGUGAACAACCAUUCCACGAUGAAGCAAGAUUGCACCAGGAUUUAUUAUGUGCUUACAAUGUAGAUUUUCGACCAGUGAAAGAUCACAAAACUAGUGUAACCGUAAAAGUUCGGUUUGCUAUGAAAUACCUUAGCUUUGAUUCGCUAGAAGAAACGUUCACUCUUCACAGCUGGGUGGCUUUGAGAUGGAAAGAUGAAUUCCUUACGUGGACUCCGUCAGAUUACGGUAACAUAAAAGAGAUCCAAAUUGAAAGUCAUCUUAUUUGGACUCCGAGCAUGUCAUUGUUUAACGCCGAUGCUAAUACAGCUAUGUUUCAAUCAGACCAAUUUUAUACCACUUGUCUACUAUCCAGUGAUGGUACAGUGACAUGCGUCCCUCAUUUGGGACAUACAGGAAUUUGUAGUACGUCGCUGCGUCGCUGGCCUUACGACACCCAGAACUGUACUCUUUAUUUUGGAUCUUGGAUGCACACAGGAGAGCAAGUGAACUUCACAUUCUACAAAAAUGACCCGGUGGUGCUGACUGAUUUUCACGACGGCCCAGGCUGGAAGCUUCUGAAGGUGGUUAACGAGCGUUUGUCUGAAACUUACACCUGUUGUCCUAAUAGUACGUAUCCAAUGUUAAAGUACAGAUUUGUGUUGAAGAGAGCUGCCGCAGGACCGGCUGCGAUCGUCGUUGUUCCCUCCAUAGUCAUAGUCAUACUCACCUUAACUUCAUUCUUACUUGAUGUUAAAGACUCAACGAGGCUCUUUCUGGUAUGUUUUAGUCUUUUUGGACAUUUCAUAUUUUUAACCGAAAUAGGCUAUGAUAUUCCAAAGCACAGUUCAGAUACCCCGAUAAUAUUGUUAUUCCUUCGUGACUCAAUGAUCGUAACGCUUGUUGGAAUUAUAGAGACAUUGGUGCUUAUGUAUUUAAGAGAAAGGAAAUUGCCUCCACCUACUUGGAUAAUUUCGAUGAACCGUUUAGUGUCGAAUAGUCCCGGAAAAUAUGUUGUUUUUACGGAAUUUGAUCCAAGCAACAGCGCCGAAGAAAAAGUGCUCACUGAAGAUGUUACUGAAGAACGUUCGAGAUCCUCUGGCUCCGAUUGGAUCCAGUUUGCUAACAUUUUAAAUAGCGUUCUAUUUUGUAUUGCUUUUCUAAUUUAUUUUAUAUUGAUUUGUGUAUAUAUCCCCUAUGAUUAA